AUUCUUUGGUUGCAUUCCAUGUAGUCUCUUCGACAAAAUGUUGCGUUUCGUAUCUGUAUUUGCUUUAGUUAGUUGUGCCUUUGCGGGCACACUGCCCGAUGAAUUGGAUGGCCGCAUAGUAAAUGGUGUGGAUACCACUAUUCAAGCUCAUCCCUAUCAGGUUUCUUUGCAAACCAACUCGGGCAGCCAUUUCUGUGGUGGUUCCAUCAUUAGUGAAGAUAUUGUGGUAACAGCUGCUCAUUGCAUGCAGUCUUAUACCGCUUCCCAAUUCAAGGUACGUUUGGGUACAACUGAAUACAAUACUGGCGGAGAGGUAGUAGCUGUUAAGGCCUUCAAAUUCCAUGAGGGUUACAAUUCCAAGACCAUGGUUAAUGAUGUUGCUGUUAUUAAAUUGGCUACGCCUGUACGUGAAUCUUCCAAAAUCCGUUAUAUUAAAUUGGCUGAAAAGACACCUCCCACUGGUACUCCCGCUGUGGUUACAGGCUGGGGCACUAAGUGUUAUUUGACCUGCAUCAGCUUGCCCAAGACUUUGCAAGAAGUUCAGGUGGAUAUUGUUGAUGAGAAGGCCUGUGCCUCCAGUGAAUACAAAUAUGGCAGCCAGAUUAAGGAAACCAUGGUUUGUGCUUAUGCUGUCAAUAAGGAUGCUUGUCAAGGAGAUUCUGGUGGCCCAUUGGUGGCCAACAACGAAUUGGUUGGCAUUGUUUCCUGGGGUGCUGGCUGUGCUCGUUCAGGUUAUCCUGGUGUAUACUGUGAUGUUCCUUCUGUGCGUAGUUGGAUCGAAAAGACUGCCAAGGAAUUGUAAAUUUUGAAUGAUUUAUAAUUCUUUCAUACUAUUCUUUAUUUGUGUUAAUAAAUUGCAUUUAAUUUGGAUUAA